ACGCUGCAGCAGCUGGAGGUGCCGCUGCUGAGCCAGCGCCACUGCCGCUGCCUGUACGCGCUGGGGACAGCGCCGGGGGACACGCCGGGGACACCCGCGGGGGACACCAUCUGCGCCGGCCUGCCGCAGGGCCAGCGCGACGCCUGCCAGGGUGACUCCGGCGGUCCCCUGGCCUGCCGCCUCGGUGGCACCUGGCACCUGGCGGGCGUGGUGAGUUGGGGUGACGCCUGCGGGGUCCCCGGCCGCCCGGGGGUCUACACGGGGGUGUCCCCUCACCUCUCGUGGAUCCUGUCCCUUGUCCCCGAGCUGGCCCCGCGCCACCCCCCCCGCGACGUCCCCGAGGCCACCCCCGAGCCCCCCGGGGGGCGCUGUGACAUCGGGGACAUCCCCCCGGG